UUUUCUUGCGCCCCCCUCUCUACCUCUCCAUCCCCAUCCUUAAAACUGCUGCAAGUCCUCCUCUUUUACUAUUUGAGACCCUGUUGAGUGUCGCAGCAGCUGGAAGCACCUCUGAGCAGCACUGUUAGACCCGACAUGAGGCUGAGACUCGCCACUCUCGUGUGUUUCUUCAGCUUUGUGUGGCUGUCGGAGUGCACGCCUCCGACCUGCUACUCCAGAGCGCUCGGCCUGAGCAACGAGAUCAUGGCUCUGCUGGAGAAAAUACACACCUACCAUCGCACGAAAACGUGUGCAGAAGUUCUACCUACGAUCUUCCUUGAUGUGCAUAACGCAUGUGUCACAGCCAAGAUCCGUGACUUCCUCUACGUGGUGCUGAACCAUCCCAACCAGUACUGCAGAGAGCGUCCCAGAAUGGUGCUGCUGAAACGUAAAAUCCAGAAUCUGUACACCAUCAUCAGCAGGAUGUGUUAUCGGGACCUGGUGUUUUUCACAGAUGACUGUGAGGCAAUCGACACUGGACACACUCGCCCUCACUACGACGAGGACAGGCUUCAGCUGCUGCAAGAGGAGAGAUGAGCAGCAACACGCAGAGCAGAUCACAGAUGUGCGUCUGUCUAUUUCAUUCAGAGAAACACAUCAGCAAUAUGUAGACUGGUAACGCAUACGCACCACAGCCUGCACUGUACUAGACACUGCAUCAUAAGCGAUACACACACACAGUGCUGUUUCAUGUCGUACCUAGUUGGCUCUGUGUUAGCCGCACACUCAUGUUAGUGGACAAGUGUGGCUGCAUUCCAGCAAAGGAGUGCAGAACUUUCCACAGGAAAUUUGCUGAAUGCCAACCAUGCCGAUGAAAACCUUGAAAUAAUAAACCAAUAAGAGAUGCUUGUGAGCCGGGCUUAACCGCUGCUUACUUACCAGGCCUGAUCAAAGGUUCAUGUGUCAUUAAGAGAAAUAUGUUGUGUUGCCUUAACUCUUGGUCUGACUAACAUGUCUUAAAAGAGCACUGUACAGCAUUUUGUAAACAUUUGACCAGUUGAACACGGUGGCUGAAAAUGUUAUGUAAGAAAUAGAUGCCCUAAACGUUUCUUUCCCACACUCGCUUGUAGAGUGUGUUCCUUGGGAAUUUUCUCACUUUGAAGAUUUUUUUUACUUUUGUUUCAUGCCAAAGAAGUUGCUGCAGAUUGUGCAGAUUGCACAAAAUAAAUAUUUCCAUGCCUGUGAGGAGAAUAGAUAUAAACUAAGACAUAAACUUGCCUGUUUUUCUGUACUCUUAAUCACAAUCUAUACACAGUAUGUCCCACAUUAUGUAAUAAAACUCUCUGUAUGUAUCACUUUUUAUGUACUUGUUUUAUUCUCUGAAGUAAUUACCAACAUGUUUGCCAGUUGAUUCUGGGAAACACAAGCUACUGAGACAAAACUGGCCCUCCUCCAGUCUUUGAAUCAGCAUGAUGUCCCUUUCUACAUGUUUUUUUUUUGUUUUGUUUUUACAUGAGAAAAGUUCUUUCAACUCUGAUUUUCACUCAGCGUGUGACACUUACUGAUCAAUUUCAUUUUUAUUGAGACAAUAUGAAGUUUUGUCAUCACUUUACUGAUAUACAGUUGCAUUUCAAGUAAUAAUUGUUUAGCUCAAAGUCCAAACGUAUUUUCCCUCUGCAAAACAAAAUAAACUGGUUUUUGUGCUUUG